AAAGUUUUGUACUUCUUGUGUUGCGUGAAUCGCCCAACGGACUUGCCGGUUCCCACCUCUCGAUUCUCGCCGAUGUUUCAAGAGAUCAUUUUCGCUCCUAUGAUCGCUACCGUCGAUCCCUUGAUUUGAGGCCUCGAGUCGAAGGCGAAAAGUUGGAAAAAAUUAUCGAACAAAGCCUCAAAGAUUGGUGGAGGAGAAGCCGGAAAUUAGAGGAAUUGUUUAUCGAGGCAACGAAGUUUGGAAACCGCGGAGCGGCGGCGGCUCCUCGGCGGCUCAACGCCCCGAGCAGCCAACACGCCGUUUACCAAAAUAUCCUCGACGAUAGCCAAGUGGUCCAACGCCGGCCUGACGAGGUCUGGAGAUCUUGGGAGGUCCGCGGACUCGCGGAAGACAUCGGUAAAGUGUUGUUCACUCACGAGUCCAGGAUUCUCACCCCCGGUGCCGGUAGAGUCUCGCCCGGGGGCGACGGGCCUCCCGCGAGCCCACCCAACUUGCAUUACAAUCCGCCUAAUCACAGUCCAACCCUUGUCAAGAUUGGAUCUGUUCACGCGCACCAGCCUCACAGCCAGCAUCAUCAACAUCAUCAGGCAGGUCCGCAGCAACAAACGUCACCGCAAGGGCAGACCCAGGUGGGAAGUGGUGGCGGGGGCGGAGGAAGUGCCGGUGGCGGUGCUCCCACUGCCGGAGGAGGUACCGGGAACACACCUGGUGUCACAUCCAGGCCUGGAGGCAUGUUUUGCUACCACUGCCCUCCGGAUCUCCCGACGCCGCUUCUUCCGCCGACCCUCGAGUACUCGUUCGCACCGACUCACCCAUACACGAGCUACUCGGCCUACCAUCCAGCUCUGCACGGAGUCGGCGAAGAUUCUUUCGUUCGUCGGAAGCAACGUAGAAACCGUACGACCUUCACGCUCCAACAAUUGGAGGAGCUCGAGAGGGCUUUCGUCCAGACGCAAUACCCCGAUGUGUUCACCCGCGAGGACCUCGCAAUGAAGAUUAACCUGACCGAGGCGAGAGUACAGGUGUGGUUUCAAAAUCGUCGAGCAAAAUUUCGGAAAAGCGCGAGACUCAUGAAGGAGCAAAGGGAAAGAGAAAAAAGCGUGGUCCUCGGUGAGGUCUCCGGUGGACAAGCGCCGCCAUCAUCCUCCAGCGGACCAAGUCCCGCGAGCCAUCACGGCGACGGUGAAAUUACCGGAGGAAGCGGCGAAGGCGAGGACGCUGCUCAGGACGGCGGCGUUGGAUCGGCCGCCGGAAAUGGCGGGGGCUCUCGCAGCCCGAGCACAACUUCCGCCUCGGUCAGCCCUCGACCUCAACAGUCACAAAGCAGCCAAGCUUCCUCGUUAUUGGGCGGUGCUGCGACUCCACCCCCGACCCCUGGCCUGUGCAGCAGCAGUAGUGGCAGCACUGCCAGCAGAGCGCCCUCGUCUCAGCCUCAUCAAACGACCUCAACCUCUUCGACUACGAGCAGCGUCAAUGCCGCCGUCAGCCUCGGGACACUUCUCCCAAUACCGAGCACCGAAAGCAGCAGUGCGAGCAGCGGAGCUGGAUUCAGGCCGGUCGAGCCGCCGACUUCGUUGUUCUUUCCACACCUAGCGGCACAAUUUUCACCACCGUUGUUCGCCAACAAGAUCGUCGGUAAUGCGCCGACUUCGUUGACCUCGAGUACCUCAUCGUUGUGGACAACGAGCGAUCACCGAGCGAGCAGCCUUCAGGAGAUGCUCUCCUGGGCACCCGCCGGUUGGCCUGGAUCGUUGUGCAGCUGCUGCAAGCCCGGUACUGGUGACCUUCACAGAAACAGCAGCCUCGCCGAACUGCGACGGAAGGCACAGGAGCACUCAACCGCCACUGCCCUGUUAGGGGGCUUAGCAGGAUUUCCUGGCGGUUUGCCAUUGCCUCUACCGUUACCAUUGUUGCCGCCGUUGCUUGGACUGUCGAGAAGACCGGAGCAUCACCAUCACCAUCAUCAUCAUCUGCCAAGUGUCGUCCACCAGAUUCAGCCGAGCACCAAAGAAGAUCCCGAAAUAAUGGACGAUUCAAAGCGACAUUGAUAAUCAAAUUAUUAGUUUAACCUCGACUAAUUAAGAGUUCGUAAAACAAUAAAAAUGUGCAAUCGAAUAUGAUCUUUUGAAUUCUGGCCUCCCAGAAUCACACUGGGAAAAGCGACGAAUAAAAGUAACGUCGAAGCGAUAACAAAACCGACGUUUCGCAUUGCCGGCACUCGCGCGCCCGCGCGCGCGCGGUCGCUUCGACAGAACGACAUUAGAAUGAUCAGCCUGUAGAAACUUGUGUAUUAUAAAAAGGAAAAUUCGGUUAUUGUCACGGACCCGGAGCCACGAUUAUUAUCAGGGGCUCUAUACUUCAAGCCAAUUUAAUAAGCCAAAAUAAAAACGAAAUACAGUAUAUUAUUAUAAAUAAUAAAGUAAUAUCUAGCAUUUAAAAAAACAACAGUAGAUUCGAUUAUUAUAUAAAUAAACAAGAAAUAUAAAAUAGUUGUAUAGAAUAAAUUUGUUCUUGUGACGAA